AUGGAGGUGUCCUACUUUUCUACUCUCCAUCUCCAGGAGAACUCUUUCCUCUUUGACUGCGCGUCUCUGUUAGACAAAUCUCUGGCUUGUGAUCCUGCCUCGGACCCUGGUUACACCAGCGCUGGCAGCAGCCUGUCUCCUACUUCCUCUGUGGACUCCUUUUGCUUCUCCCCUGCUUCCCUCCAAGCAUUUGGAAGUGAGCAAGACCCCUUGGACUGUUUCAUCUUUAAUAGCCCUGCAGCACCUCAUCUUACUCACCGGACUCCACUCUGCUCCAAAUCAUCAUCUGCAACAAGGUCCUCAACAAAGAAGUCCAGAUCUAGGUAUCCGGGUAAGAAACGCCAGACCGCCAGCGAGCGGGAGAAGCUGAGGAUGAGGGAUCUGACCAAAGCUCUGCAUCACCUCAGAUCACACCUCCCACAUUCAGUAGCACCAACUGGCCAAACCCUGACCAAGAUUGAUACUCUGCGCCUCACCAUCCGCUACAUCUCCUACCUGUCAGCCCAGCUGGGCCUCAGUGAGGAGGUGCUGGAGCAGAAGAGAUCCUCAGGCUUCAUGGAGGGGACCCAAAACAUCAACAACUUCCUGGGUCAACCAGCAACCAGCUACAGUGCUCAAGAGUCAAGCUGUAACACCACAAGCGAAGCCCAGCAUUCCUGUCUGCAGAACUCAUAUCAGGUCUCAGGUGGAGCUUGCUUUAAAAGCGAGGCGUACUGGAUGCUACAGCAGCAAAACCAAAACGUCACCUUCUCUGGUUUGUGCUGA